AAAUCCGAACAGCAACCAAAACAACACUGACUCAUUCCAAAACAAAAAAGUCCAUUAUGCGAAUAGGAACGCACUGUUUUACGAUUCUAUUCUUUUUCUAAGCGUAUUUGAUAAUUCAAUUAGGUUCCUCCAGCAACCAGCCAGUCGCUUUUGCGGUCCAUGCACGAUGGGAAACAUUUUCGGAAAAACUAAAACAAAACCCGUCAGUCGGGUGACGGAGCAGGACAAAGCUGUUCUGCAACUAAAACAACAGCGUGAUAAGCUAAAGCAAUAUCAAAAGCGCAUCGAACUUUCGCUGGAAAAGGAUCGCGAGCUGGCCAAGAAAUGUUUAGCCAGUGGGCGGAAGGAACGUGCCAAAACGUUGCUGCGCAAGAAAAAGUACCAGGAGAAGCUGCUGAGCAAUACGGACGCGCAGCUGGAAACGCUGGAAAAGCUUGCCUCCGACAUUGAGUUCGCACAGGUCGAAGCGCAGGUGGUGAGCGGACUGAAGGUAGGCAACGAGGCGCUUAAGAAGGUCAACGAAAUCCUGUCCAUCGACGAGGUGGAGCAAAUACUGGACGAAACAAGGGAGAGCAUCGAGAAGCAGCAGGAAAUCGACGCCCUGCUCAACGGUGUGCUGAGCGAGGAAGACGAGGACGAGGUGUUGGCCGAGCUGGAGGAUCUUAUCGGUGCGGAGCAGCCAAAGGAGCUGGAAACGGAGGACAUCUCCACCCGGUUGCCCGACGUUCCGGAUGAGGAGCUCGUUCAGGAGCGCAAGCGCAAGGAGAAGGAUACAUCCGGAGCGAGCAAAAAGGUUGCCUUGGAGGCUUAAUGUGGAUGUUUGGGGUAGGCUGCACCUAACACAGGGCCCCCGUGGCUGUUCCGUGGACUGUUGCCAUCGGUUUGUAUGUCGCAAUUUUGCAACGAUUUGUGUAUGCUUCAUAUACAUAUGCCUUUAUGAGCGUUUUAUGUUUUUUUUUCCAAACGUUUUGGAAAAUCUGUGUAAAUAAACAUAUUCUAACUAUGGGAAAGCGGUGCGCAAA